AAUAACGCAAUCAACAUGUCAUCCUAUCGCAGUUAUACACCCUGGAAAUCGAACUUGGGCAGUGCCUACAAACCGGCCAGUUCGACUUAUACACUAGGGGGUGAUUUGGGCAGUGGUUCCACCUCCCGCUACACUUCAUUGGCCACGCCCAGCGCCUAUCGGCCCUCCUUCUCGGGCGGCACCUAUCGCAUAAAGCGUGAUCCACCCGCUACGCCAGUCACCAGCUAUGUGAGUCGCUAUGGCUGCACUGCCAAGACGGAUGCCAAAGAUGCCAGCAGUUCCGCUGAUCGGAGCAGUCCCAUCAAGCGUUACACGGGCGCCGCAAGCAGCAAGCUGGGAACGGGCGGCACUAAAUACGGACGCUCGCGGGAUCCCAGUCCGGUGGCGCUGGAGCACACGAAUCGCGGCAAGUCCAAGUCACGGGAUCCCAGUCCGGUGCUGGACAGCGCGAGAAGUAAGCUGGGAGGCGCCACCUAUCGCAGCAGCACCGCCAGAAAUGGCUACAACAGUCGCUAUGCCGCCGGAGCAAGAUUGAACAGUGGUGGCAGCAACAGCAUGCUGGACAAGUCCAUCUCCUACUUGACCACCAGUGAUUUUCAUGCCAGGACUGCCAGCCGCGCCAAGGCGAGCCGGGAGAAGGAACUGGACGAACCAGAGGUGCAGUUGACCAAAGAGGAACCAAAGGAGCAGCAGGAAUCGCAGCUGGAGCAGCCAACGGGUGAGGAGGAAACAUUUGUGUCCGUUGUGGUGGUCACACGUGCCACCUCACCCACUCCGCCCGGCAGCACCACUGUGCAGCGAACACGUCGCGUGGACAUUGCCAAGACCAUUGAGAAGACCAUCAAACGCUCGACGAAGCCCCGCCAGAUGCUGGAGAAGGAGAUGCAAUCGGAUCGCUUGGAUGACUCCACACGCUAUUUGCGCUACAGCGCCGGAUCCGGUGGCAGCAGCAGCAUCAGUUCCACCUACAGCCACAGGGAUCGGAUAAGCAACCUGCGCUACAAUGCCAGCUCCCAAUCCAACAGCAAUUCACCCAAGUCAGGCACACCUAGCCUGGAGGCCAAAGAGGUGACUUCACCGCGGAGUAAUGCAAGUGUUGCCAGCUGUUCACCCAAAUCCACGCCCGGCUUGGAGACCAAAGAGGUAGCAUCGGCCAAGAGCAAUGGUUCUGCUUUGGUCAGUGUCGCCAACUCCAAGUCCAGCAACAGCAGCAGCAACAAGUCCAAGCUGUCACCACCGAAAGCAGUGCGUCUCAAUUCCCGCCAAUCAUCCGUGGAGAAUCUGGUCAACAAGCCACCAGCUGCGCCCAGCAAAGCCGAUUCGCCCGGCAAGACCUGCAACAGUGGCUCCAAUUCGAGCAGCUCCUUGGCCAAGUGGCCCUGGCCCAACAAGGACUUUCGCAAGAGCUCGCUGAAUGUGGGACCCACCGAUCGGCCAAGGAAAUCUCGCACGCCCAGCAGCGGCGCCGAGUCCGAGGAACAGCAACAGGAACGCUCGCCCAGCGCUGGCUCCGAGGGUAGCAACGCCUCCAAUCGCAAAACAAACAAGCUGACAAAUGGCAAGGCAACAACGUCUGCCAAUCGCCAGCUAAAAGCACACAAAUCCUGCGCGCCCAGCAGUGGGGCAAGUGGAGGAAGCAGCUGCUCGACGACAUCCGCCUGCUCCUCGUCGGACAGCGAGCAGCGGGGCAAGAGCAGUAAAAAGCAGAGCAAGAAAAAGGCCACAGUCAACGGCAGUCAACAGAAAGAGAAGCACAAAGAGAGGCAGAACGAUAAAGAUAAAGAUAAAGCAGUGGCAGAGACAGAGGCCGAGGCAGAGGCAGAGCGAGAGAGAGAGAGAGAAACAGAGGCGAAGGUCAGCAGUCAGGCAGGUGACAGCCAAUUAAAUGAGGAACACCAAAAUAGCCACAAGACCGAAGCCUCCACUGACUCACUGAAUCGGACCAAGCACCAGCAUCAGCAACAUCAGCAGCAGCAGCAGCAAUCGCGUCUGAAGAAGCUCUCGGAUGUAUCGAAUUUUUUUGCCACUCGUCAGACGGACGCAAAUAGUGAGCCGAUCUUCCUCGAAAGCUCCGAGAGCAGCGCCGGCAGCGAGGCCGAAAUGCAGCCAUCGUUGAGCGGCACACAGAUCAGUCUAGCGUUAGACACGCAAACGAACGAAACGAGCGAGGUGAAUCCUUUGCGGAUGCAUCAAGCACCAAGCACAACGAUAUCGACAACGACAACGAUACCCCCAAGUAGCAACAACAGUUCCAGCACCCAUUGUCCCAAGGAGACAACAACGACGACGACCACGACGACGACGAGUCCCAGCAACGGCAUCAAGGACACCACAACGACGACAGAGAGUCUGACGACGCGUGAACAGGACCCGGAUACCGAGGAGCCCAGCUGGUGGCAGGACACAAGUCUGCAAAUAAAUACAGCCUCCGCUUUGGAUUACAACAAUCGCAGCGAGAUGCCCUACAGAUUGAGGCACAUCGAUUCGGGUGAUGACCACGCGUGGUGGCUGCGACAGGAUGCAACUGCUGACGAGGAUGAUACCCUGGCGGAGGAAACGCUCAAUCCGCUGGAUGAUGAGCAUGAGGAUGUGAGUGCUGCGACAGAGGAGCAGAACAGCAGAACAGGUGGCUGGUGGAGCAGCAGCAAGGAUGAUAAUCUAGACGAGAGCAACGAGAAUCAGGCAAAUCUCAUCAAUGGCCACGGAUGUGGUCAGGAGUCGGAGCACAGCGAGGAGAUUAAACGUAUGCCCAGGAGUCACAUCUCGCCGGAACAGGAUGCCUGGUGGCUGGAGGAGCAACAGGAGCAACAGGAGCAACAGGAGCAGCAGCAGCAGCAGUCCAAACAAAAUGGCUACCACGAGGAUGUCAAUAACAAUGAGCCACAUGUGGAGGUGACCAUAAAGCUGCCCAGCAGCACUGAACGCGCCAAGAACUGCUCCUCCUCUAGCCACUCUGGCGAGAGUGCCCCGCCCUGGUGGCAAACGGGACCCGCCAAAAAGCUGUUCAAUGUGCAGCGCGUGGAGAGCGGGGAACGUGCCUGGUGGCAGGAGGAGAAGGAGAACGAGCCACCGCCAGUGAAGCCACCAACGCCACCGCCACGCAUCAUCAAGCAUUGGGAGUCGGGCGAGCGAGCCUGGUGGCUGCUGGACGAGGAACCGAAGAACAAGGAGCUGCCUCAACCAGCCACCGACGAAGUGGAUCAUGAGGAUCAGCAAGAUUUGCUGAACAGCUCCUUCAAUUUCACAUACUCGGUGCGUCCCCCUCCCCUGGGCCAAUGUGCCAGCCCAGUGCCAGUGGAGCCCCAGCAAAAGCUCUGCGAAUCGCCCUACGAUAACAUUCCAAUGUCAAAAGUUCAAAUGGCAAUGCCGCCGUCGCAGUCGCAGUCGCAGUCGACGUCAGCGCCAGCGCCGCCACCACGCUAUUCAUAUAACCCACCACGUGUGGGCGAUAAGCUUUUCAUAUCGCGUCAUCAGAAUAUCGAUGAGCUUUUGGGUGGCGCAUGCCGACCGCUCAGUCCGCUCUUUUAUAGCGGCGCCGUGGAGAGCGAUGCGUCUGCGUCGGCGCUGCCAUUGGCGAGCAAGAAUAUGUUUCUGCUCGAAGAGAUUACGCCGGAUCAGGUGCGCAUUCACGAUAGCACCGCUCAGCUGCCGGUCAUACAGCGCAUGCAGCGCGAUGUGGAAUGGCUAGAGAAUGGCAGCAACAGCAACUUUUAUGAGCAGCAGAAGCAGCAGCCGCAGCAGCGCAGGAUCGAUGACGCAGCUAUUCAGGUGUACAAGGAUGGUGACUUUGGCGCCUAUCUGGAUCUGGAGUCAUCGCUGGCCGAGCAGACCGAGGAAAUCGAGGGCCUACAAGACGGUCGCAAAAACUCAUUGGUCAUUCGCACACAGCUGAGUGUUCGCGUUCAUGCCAUUAUAGAGAAACUACUCUCGUCGGAGGGCAGCGAUCUGCGCAGAGCAUUGUUCUCCCUCAAGCAGGUGUUCCAAGAGGACAAGGAUCUGGUGCACGCCUUUGUCGCCAUGGGCGGUCUCAAUUGUCUGGUGCGCGUCGGCAAUUGCUCCGAUCAAAACUAUCAAAACUAUAUACUACGCGCCCUGGGACAGGUCAUGCUCUAUGUGGAUGGAAUGAAUGGCGUUAUGAAGCAUCAGCCCACCAUGGAGUGGCUCUACUCAUUGAUCGCAUCCAGUUACAGAUCGGUGGUCAAGACAGCGCUCAAGUUGCUGCUCGUAUUCGUUGAAUAUGCCGAGUCCAAUUGUUAUGUGCUUGUGAGCGCCAUUCAUGCUGUGGAUGAAGCACAAGGCACAUUGCCCUGGGCAAAUAUAAUGAGACUGCUUAAGGACUACGACAAUGCAGAUGCCGAGCUGGUCAUCUAUGCAACAUCGUUGAUCAAUAAAACACUAGCGGGCCUGAACGAUCAGGAUAGUUUCUACGAUGAGAGCGAUCUGCUGGAACAGCAGGGCAUGGAUACGGUUAUCCAGCGUUACAUGUCCAAGCCGGGCACCGAUCUCGAUCUGCUCGAUCAACUCCAGUUGUACGAGGCAGUUCUAAAAUUCGAGGAUGGCGAGUCGGACGGACAGCGUUUGCCACAGAAUUCAAUGCGAAAGACGCAACGCCAUCGUCCCGGCGCCAACACAACAGAGCGACGCAAAUCGCGACGCCACAGCACGGAUAAUAGUCCAGCGCCGUUGACCAAAGUGCUGCCCACAUCGGUGCUAAGAACGACACCGGUACAGGCCACACUCGACGAGGAUGACAGCUCGGGUUCCACAAACUCCACGGAGUUUAGCAGCGGCAUAUUUCAGGAGAAGAAACCACGCGAUGGCGCUGGUGUAACACCGGGACUGCGACGACGUCGGGAGCGUGCCGAGCGGCACAAGAGCUUCCUCAAGGAGCAGGGAGAGGCGGCUGCGAAUCGCAUCUUUGCUGCACGAGAGCUGCGUGAAAACUACGGCCAAAUUGUAACCGCCAUUCCUGCAACCAUUCAAAGUGGCGACAGCCCGCCGCAAUCAUUGCAAAUUGAGCUGCCGCCGCCCCCGUCGCCGCCAACGUCGCCCACGAUCACGCCUCCAAUCACGCCCUGCAACCUCAUCAGCAAUAGCAACAACAACAACAAUAGCAACAGCAACAGCAGCAACGGCAAUAGCAACAACAACAACCAACAACAACACAAUCAUAACAACAUCAACAACAGUAACAACCACAUUGACACGCCCAACAACAGUUUGCUGCUGAGCCCCACUAAGCAGAUGCUAAGUGGCAUCAAUAGCAUCUCCAUCAUCAACAACAGCUUCGACAAGGCGAACAACAACAACUACAAUAACAACACUAACAAUCAGAAUGAGUUCCUUACCAAAAAGAAUCUGUUUCGGGAGCGCAACGCAACUGUGAUCAAUGGCAUCAUGAAGAACAUUGUGCAGCAGACAACCGAUAGUGCCUACAAAAAGUAUGAGAACGAUGCAAAUCGAUUGAACAACUACUACACACAGCUGAGCCAGUCGCCCAAGCAUCAGCCCACCACCGCCCAGGAUGUGCUCAGCCCGAAGAAGACACUAAAUGGAAAUGGUUUUGAGUUUUUGCCUGAGAGUUCAACGCCCCUAAAAUUGGAUGUGCUGCCAGUGCCGGAACCACUGAGUCCCAUACACAAGCCUCUAGCUGUGGCAGCACCACCACCACCGCCGCCACCUCCACCACCACCACCACCACCAGCAAGCUGGUGGCAUUUUCCCCCAGCCAAUACCAGCAUUCAGCCAAUUGCAGCUAGAACCCUAACCAGUACUAACCCAGAACUACCACAACAGUUGCCUCCACUACAAGCUAUGGAUACAACAGAUCUGGAGGAUAAGGAAAUGCUAAUGCAACUGAAACGUGAUCAUACCGUCAAGGAUCUAACACAUAAAUUGAGCAAUCUGCCCAGCAGUCCCACACAGGAGGCGGGAAAUCGCGCCAUAGUCGGCGACAUGUCCGGCCUCAUAUCGAAAGCCAAAGAGGGGCUUGCCAAGAGCAAGAGCAAGGGUGAAAUUUCACGCUCAUCGAGCGUCGAUCAGGAACUGAAAAAGUCUGAGCCGAAGAAAUCGGAGAAUGAACUACACUGGGAGGAACUGGUGCGCAAUAUGACGCGACCCCUGAACUUAUGUGAUCUUGACUUUACCGAUCUGCAUUCGGACGAUGAAAAGGAUGUGUUGGCGCCCCGUGGUCUCGGCGCAGGCAUACCGCCACCACCACCACCCUUUGGUGGUGGCAUGGUGUUGCCACCGCCCAUGAUGCCACCCUGUCUGGCACCGCCGCCCAUGUUCAGCUACGGCGGCUACGGCGCCGGCAGUCUUACAAACAGUGUAAAUAGCUCGCUGAAUGGUUCUGUGAAUGGCGAUCUGGCCAAUGGCAAUACUACUAUCAAAAAGAACAAAAAGACGGUUAAGCUCUUCUGGAAGGAAGUGCGUGAGGAUAUGAUACCGCAGGUGGUGGGUAAAACCAUUUGGGAUGAGCUACCCAAUGCGAAUGUGGACACCCAGAAGCUGGAGCAUCUCUUUGAGUCACGGGCCAAAGACUUGAUGACCAAGAAACAACAAGAGUUGAAUAAGAGCAAAGAGAUUAUCGUCCUGGAUCACAAGCGCUCCAAUGCAAUCAAUAUUGCAAUGACAAAGCUGCCUCCGCCGCGGGCAAUCAAGGCGGCCAUUUUGAAGAUGGAUGCCACUGUGGUCACGAGGGAGGGCAUUGACAAGCUGCUGAAUAUGCUGCCCACGGAUGAGGAGCGCGGCAAGAUUCAAGAGGCACAGUUGUCGAAUCCAGACUUGCCGCUUGGCAGUGCCGAGCAAUUUCUCCUCACCUUAGCCACCAUCUCAGAGCUGGGCGCUCGUCUCAAGCUCUGGGCUUUCCGGCUGGACUUUGACAAUUGCGAGAAAGAGAUUGCCGAACCGCUGAUGGAUCUCAAGCAAGGCAUUGAGAUCUUGCGUCAGAAUCGCACCUUCCGCUGCAUACUCUCCACUUUGCUCUCCGUGGGCAUCUUCCUCAAUGGUGCUCCUGUGAAGGGUUUCCAGAUCGAGUAUCUGGCCAAGGUGCCGGAGGUGAAGGAUACGGUGCACAAGCACUCGCUGCUGCAUCAUCUCUGCCACAUGGUCAUGGAGACGAGCAGUGACACCAGUGAUUUAUACUCGGAAAUUGGUCCAAUUACGCGUGCCUCGAAAGCGGACUUCACAGAUCUCGCACAGAAUCUCAAUCAAUUGGAGGCGGAAUGCAAGGCCUCCUGGGAUCGCCUAAAGCUAAUAGCCAAGCAUGAAUGUGCACCGAAGCUUGUCGACUUCCUGGCCGAUUGUGCCGAGCGCAUCAUUAGUCUGCAAAUUGUCCAUCGGCGUGUGAUGAAUCGCUAUCGCAAGUUUCUACUGUGGCUGGGCAUGCCCCAGCACAGUGUGGCCGAGUCGCGACCCAAUGAGUUCUGUCGCACACUCUCCGAGUUUGCGCUGGAGUAUCGUACGACGCGGGAGCGUGUGCAGCAGCAGCUGGAGAAGAAGGCCAAUCAUCGCGAGCGCAAUAAGACGCGUGGCAAACUGAUCAUUGACAUGGCCAAGUUCAAGACCAAAGAGGAUGUCGCCGAUGCAGAGCUGAAACAACUGCUGGGCACUCCCACUCCCGAUCAAACGGAUGGCACCCUCACCUGGCGUCGCCGUCGCGCUGAGCAGCUGCGCUCACCGAUCGCUCGUCAGAGUGAGGAGCAGUUCACCGAUGGCGAUGAUGAAAUACUCGAAUCUCUCGUCAAGACCGUCACGAAGACGGCCGGGACUAGAACGACGCCCAGGGAGCGAAAGCGUACGCGUCAUGCGGACCGCAAAUCCUUGCGUCGAACGCUGAAGAACGGUCUCACCGAUGAGGAGAAACAGCACGUGGCUGCCCUAAUACAAACCUAUUAGAGCUAUGGCAAGCCCCAAUGCAAUUCCCAAAAAAACCCUAAACCCCCCAGUGACGUCACAAGUCGGGUAUGCGUGCACAGACUGAAAUUGGCGAUCUCAUGUGCAGCAGAACGGAGCAGAACAGAAACUGGAAAUGUGGAACUGGUCCUAACCGAACCGAAUCUCUCCCCAAAAUCUGAUAACGACAAAGUCCCUUCAAAGUUCUCUUAUAUUAUUUCUGUUAUUCGAUAUUUUCGUUUUUACUUUGUCUAAGUAUUACAAUUAAACAUAUUUUUAUUGUAACAUCAACUGUAUUAAUAGCCAAACAAAUUAUAUAUAUAUUUUUAGAAUUUGAAAUCAGACAACAUUUUGAUAAACACAAUUGUCCCACAAUUUGAAUUUGUACCGAUCUGCGACCUUACGAAAUUAACUUAAUUACUCGUAAUUAUAACUUAGCCUUAAUUUAACAACGAAAAUAAAUAAAAAUACAUACAUAUUUAUUAAAUUCAA